GAUGAGAUGGUUUGGCCCAGAUGGAUUGUUGCAUUGCCUCUUGAUGGGCCACUAGAUGCACUGAACACAGAAUGGCUUGACGCUAACGAUACAUCUGCUCUAUCUGUGAUUUCUAUCACAUUUUGCCUGUGCACGUACUCCCUCGCCGAGCACAUUUUUCUUCAGCAAACGUAGGAGAAAGGAAAAACAGGCAAAACCACAACAAGUGCAACUGUCCCCUUUCAUAUUUCGAAAGGUUUACCGACGGCUCUGCGACGGUGUGGGGUUCGCAGGAACCAACUGCACAUUUUACCCCGAAACUUCAUCUGGUUACGCUAAUGAACUGAACUACCACUGAGUUCUCACAGCGAGUUGUUUUAGGUCAGCGCGAAUUACUCAAAAGUGCGUGAAAACCAUCUUUUUAACGUCAACCCAGGUAUAAUUACUCAACACUUGCAACAUGGCUGCUGCGGGGACGGCAGCGAGAAAAGUUUAACACUGACGUGGGAGAAGUUUUAUGCGAAUGCUAGUUGGCACAUGAGUUUCUCUCAAGAUAACAGAGUCGUCAGCGGUCUCUCCCAGCCUGGCACUGCUGUCCCCGGACUCACGAACCAGUGGAUGAACCGUGCGAGAGCCGCCUCCUCCUCUGAAGUCACCGCCGACAGCCACUGCAGUGGACUUAGUGGGAAAACUGUGGUGUCUUCUUCUCCAUCGUAAGCUGUGGUGGCGUUAAGGGACUUGUCGUCCGGCGACAGGCUGUGUUUCGAGCUAAAAUGCAUUUUUCCAUACCCGAGACGGAGGUUCGCUCGGGAGAAAAUGGAUCGACCUAUGUGGCCUACAACAUCCAUGUCAAUGGUGUCCUGCACUGUCGGGUACGCUACAGUCAACUUCUUGGCCUCCAUGAACAGAUAAAGAAAGAAUAUGGCAGCAAUGUGGUGCCUGCCUUCCCCCCAAAGAAGAUCUUCACACUGACUCCUGCUGAGGUCGAACAGAGACGGGAACAGCUGGAGAAAUACAUGCAGGCUGUGCGUCAGGAUCCCUUGCUUGGGGGCAGUGAGAUGUUCAACAGCUUCUUAAGGAAAGCACAGCAGGAGACGCAGCAGAUUCCCACAGAAGAUGUUGCGCUAGACAUCUGCCUCUCCAACGGUCAGAAGGUUACAGUCAACAUUCUGACCUCAGAUCAGACGGAGGAUGUCCUUGAUGCCGUUGCAACAAAGCUUGACCUUCCAGAUGACCUCGUUGGUUAUUUCAGUCUCUUCCUUGUUCGUGAGGGUGUGGAUGGAGGUUUAACAUUUGUGCGGAAGCUGCAGGAGUUUGAGCUGCCUUAUGUAUCCAUUACCAGCUUGCGGAGCUCUGAAUUUCACAUACUCCUACGGAAAAGCUUUUGGGACAUGGCAUAUGAUAGUGAUGUGAUGGACAACAGAGUUGGCCUGAAUCUGCUGUACGCCCAGACAGUGUCUGACAUUGAGCGAGGCUGGAUACUCGUCAACAAAGACCAGCACAGGCAGCUCAAGUCACUGCAGGAGAAAGGCUCCAAGAAAGAGUUGAUCCAUCUAGGUCAGACGCUCAAAUACUAUGGCUAUAUCAAGUUUGACCCAUGUAUUACUGACUUCCCCGAGAAGGGCUGCCAAGUCAUCGUCAGUGCCGGCAACAAUGAGCUCAACUUCCACGUCAAGCUGCCCAACGAACAGAUGAAGGAGGGAAGCUUCAAGGUCACGCGCAUGAGGUGUUGGCGAGUCACGUCUUCUCAAGUCCCAAUAGCCAACGGUACAACCAAUCCCUGCAGCUCAGCCAAAUGCGAGGUCAAGCUGGAGCUUGCCUUCGAGUAUCUGAUGAGCAAGGACCGCCUCCAGUGGGUCACCAUCACCAGUCAGCAGGCUAUCAUGAUGAGCAUCUGCCUUCAGUCUAUGGUGGAUGAAUUAAUGGUGAAGAAGUCAGGAGGCAGCAUAAAAAAGAUGCUGAGGAAACGACACAACGGCUCCAUCCACCGAACAGACAGACAGCAAGCUGUGAAAUCUCCCCCUCUGCUGGACUCCCCUGACCCGAACCGUGAACAAAUCGUCAAACUCUCAACCAAGCUGAGCUCAGUGUCCCUCCGGGGGAUCAGCGCCUCCAACUCAGCAAACGACAUCAGUGGCAAUGAUUUCCACGGCAACUAUGCUUUCGAGGGAAUCGGGGACGAUGACCUGUAACGACUCCCCGUUCUCCCUCCUCGCCUCCUCAUUCCACUGUCAACAACUGGGAUGACAAAGAUUACGAGCUGAGCUGAGCUGAGCCGAGCGAACCACACACUCGUCCAAUUCUGCAAGAUUGUAGCUUCUUCCUGGAGAAAUCGCUGCCUUAAGUUCUCAUUUAAUCUUUGAUAUUGUCCUUUCUUUUAGACUCUUAAAAGCUCAUCCAUUUGUAUUUGAGUUACAGUCAUCAUAUUCACUUGUCCCCGUGUUAUUAAACUUGUGGCAAUAUACAGAGUGCGUAGCGUGUAAAGCUGCAGGUACUCAAAUAGGGAUGCUUUCUGUAUGUUACUGUCUGACAAAUUCCUACUUCUGUUUCAUUCACAGGGAUCACUAUUUCAUCAACAGUAUGUGUGAGGUUCUAUCAUGCAGUUAAAAUGAGGUACAACGGUAAAUUAAUAUUUUAUAAACUACAUGGGGGAAACCCACUAGAUCCGGGAUUCUUCCUCCAGAGGCUGCAUGUUCCUUUCCACCCAGAGAGCCAAAUGUUUAGUUAGACCUGGCACUAGUGAUGAUACAGCAGCGGAGCCGGACGUCGAUAAUUCUCGACAUGACCCGGAGUCCAGCGAAUGUGAUGAAAUUGAUCUCUAUUCAGAGCACCUGCCUAUUUUUAUGGAUGAUCAGUGUUUGGCUUGGCUAUAUACCAAAAUGUCACGUUUUUAUACUGUCAGUCAUGCUCUUUGUGCCAUACUAUUCACGUGCCAAGUCAGUAAAUAUCUUAGCAAGAUACCAGUGGUGUUUUUCAGCUCACGUUUGAGGCACAGUAACUCAUACUGCCUUCAGUAAUAGUCUGAUGCCUUAACUUUUACUUCACCUAAUUAAAAAAAAAAAAAAAAAAAAAA